AUGUCAUCCGCAGCUACUACUGAUGCAGAUAAUGCUGUAGUGAAUCAAGCGCUCUCUCGAGAACUUCGAGAUGAAUUGGAAUUACUUUUUGAAAAAGCUCGGAGCGUGGGAUUAUUUGAAUGGCAUGACGAGGAUCAAACCCUGGAAGAAAAGUUUCUCAUGUUGGUCUCACGGUUCCCGGAAGAAGCCUUGCAAGGAGCCGUCUUGUUGACGGCCCAAGAAAAGCCUGAUUCUUCGUUUAGUGGCCGAUUGCCAAUUCACUUGGCUUGCGACAACAGCGCACCAAUUGGCGUCAUUCGAUGGCUUCUAGAUAGCGACAAAGACAAGACAUCCAUCCUAAAGCCAGACAAAUGGGGAGAUCUACCCAUUCACACGGCAUGUUCACGGAGAGAGUUUUUGGAGGUCAUCAAGCUAUUAUUGGAGUGCGAUGCGAAGAAAACCUCUAUAUAUAUCAAAGACGAGGCGGGUAGUCUGCCAAUUCACAUGGCUUGUCGGUACAAUGCAGGAGAAGACGUCAUCCGUCUCUUGUUGGAAAGUGAUACCAAGAAAACCUCGCUGUAUGAAGCUGGAGUCUACGGCCAGUUGCCAAUUCAUGUGGCCUGUCGCGGUGGGGCGUCCGCUCAGGUGAUCCAAUCAUUGCUGGCAUACGACGAACCAAAGACCACAGUUCUCGAGGAGGACAAUGUAGGACGACUGCCCAUUCACAUUUACCUCUUGACCAAUCGAGCUCAGCGCCGAGACAUGGAUACAGUUCGAUACUUGCUAGAGGGCAUGUUUUGUCGACGAAUUGAACGGAUAGGAUUGGAGAAUUGGAAGCAAACCAUGUAUCAACUCUUGAGUAGUCUAACCAAAUCCUACGAACGUGAUUUUGUGACACGGGAGCGAUUGGACUCAAUUUGUGUGGAAAUUCGAGCCCUAUUGCAUCGUGUGCUCCUGUUGGAAUUGGUGGUGUGGAAGACUAGCUGUGUCCGAGGCAUGAAGGAGAAUCAUGGUCACUACAAUGAUGAUGAUGAUGAUAAUGAUACUCCUAGUCCCGCGACUUCUCUGCAACAAACGAUUGAAGAAUGGGCGGUGAAAACAAAUCAAACAUGUGAUCCCUCUGAGUUCAAGCAGGAAAUGUUACAUCUAAGUGGAGCAGAUCAGAUUAUACCUCAUGUUCUUCCGUUUGUGGAAGAUGAAGCUAUCGUCAAACUUAUGACCGAACUGAAUUAA